UUAACAAACACAGUCUUGGAGGUUUAAACACCUUCAAUACGACAGAGAUACUGAUCUAUUUCUUUGUACUCCAUGGCCACUCAGAACUCUCUCCCUCUGUAUGAAAGAAUCCAGCGCAAAAACACCGUACAAAGAGCCAUUGACAUUAUAAUCUUGUUCCUUCUCUUUUCUCUCCUUAUUUAUCGUCUCCACUUCCUCAACGACCAUGGCCUCACUUGGCUCCUUGCCUUCCUAUGCGAAUCAUGGUUCUCCUUCGUUUGGGUUCUAAUCAUGAACAACAAAUGGAACGCUGUAGAAUACAAAACAUACCCGGACAACCUCUUGCCAAGGGUAACCGAGCUUCCUUCAGUGGACAUGUUUGUGACAACUGCCGAUCCUGUGCUUGAACCUCCUAUCAUCACCAUAAACACCGUGCUCUCUUUGUUGGCGGUUGAUUACCCAGCUCACAAGUUAGCUUGCUAUGUAUCCGAUGAUGGCUGCUCUCCUCUCACCUUCUACUCUCUUGUCGAGGCCUCAAAGUUUGCUAAGUUUUGGGUUCCAUUCUGUAAGAAGUACAAUAUUCAAGUCAGAGCUCCAUUUAGAUAUUUUGCCGACGACUCCCUAACGUUCAAUGAUAUCUCUUGGGAAUUCCAACAAGAAUGGAAAAGGAUGAAGGUGGAGUAUGAGCAGCUUUGCCAUAAAAUUGAGGAUGCCGCCCAAAAGUCCAUGCCAUGUGAUUUUACUGGAGAGUUUGCGGAAUUCUCAAAUGUAGAUCACAAAAACCAUCCAACUAUUAUCAAGGUUUUGUGGAAGAACAAGGAAGGUCUUUCAAAUGGAUUACCGCAUUUGGUGUAUGUAUCUAGGGAAAAGCGACAUAAGCAUCCACAUCAUUACAAAGCAGGUGCCAUGAACGUUCUAACGAGAGUAUCUGCAUUGAUGUCAAAUGCUCCCUAUAUGCUGAACGUUGACUGUGAUAUGUUUGUCAACAACCCAAAAGUUGUUCUUCAUGCAAUGUGCCUGCUACUUGGUUCCAAGAGUGAAAAGGAAAUUGCAUAUGUUCAGUUCAAACAAGUGUUUUACAAUGGAUUAAAGGAUGACCCCUAUGGCAAUCAGUUCGUGGUUUUUAUUGAAUUUAUGAUGCGUGGAAUAUCUGGAAUUCAAGGACCUUUUUAUGGGGGAACCGGAUGUUUCCAUAGACGAAAAAUUAUUUAUGGCCUAUCUCCAGAUACCAUGGAAUCAAUUAAUGGAAAAUUGGUUGAGGAUAAGCUUUUAGAAUUUGGGAGUUCAAAGGAGUUGAUCAAGUCUGUAGCUUAUGCUUUGAAAGGGAAGACAGGCCCAGCUGACCAUCUUUGGGACUCCAUUGAAGCAGCACACCAAGUCGCCAAUUGCGGCUACGAAUUUAGUACGAGCUGGGGUACAGAGUUGGGUUGGAGAUAUGGAUCAAUGACAGAAGAUGUUUUAAUUGGGCUAACAAUCCAUAAAAAGGGUUUGAGGUCUGUCUAUUGUGCACCCAAUCCAUCGGCAUUUUUAGGGUGUGCACCCACAGGUGGCCCUGCCGCAAUGAACCAGCAAAAGAGGUGGUCCACCGGCUCGCUGGAAAUUCUAUUCAGCAAAAAUUGUCCAAUAUUUGCCUUCCUCUUUGCAAAGCUCCAAUUCAGGCAGUGUUUGGCCUAUUUGUGGUUCUUCUUGUGGGGCCUACACUCCGUCUAUGAGAUCUUCUAUGUUGCUCUUCUAGUGUACUCUAUCAUCACCAACUCCCAUUUAUUACCUAAGGUUGAAGAACCAGCAUUUUAUGUACUGGUUGCUCUCUUUGUCAUUUACAACCUAUACACUUUAUCCGACUACCUAAGAACUGGCCAAUCAGUCCGAGCUUGGUGGAAUAACCAAAGAAUGGCAAGAAUUACCAUCAUGAAUGCAUGGUUCUUUGGAUUUCUGAGUGUCAUGUUGAAGUUGUUGGGAAUAUCUGAGACCGUAUUUGAAGUUACAAAAAAAGACCAAUCUAGUGAUUCUACCAAUGAUGAUGAUGCUGGUAGGUUCACCUUCGAUGAGUCCCUAAUUUUUGUGCCUGGCACAACCACUUUGCUGCUACACUUAACUGCACUAUCUAUGAUCUUGUUUAAGUUGCAACCACCAGCUGAUGAUGGGCAUGGGUCGGGGCUAGGGGAGGUCUUGUGUAGUGUGUGGUUGGUUCUAUGCUAUUGGCCAUUUUUGAAAGGGUUAUUUGGGAAAGGAAAGCAUGGGAUCCCCAUAUCCAUCAUAUGCAAGUCAGCUGCGUUGGCCUUACUUUUUCUGCACUUUUGUAGAAGGACCAUAAUGGGUUGAGACUAUGUUUAUUGGAGUUUUUUUUCUCCCGAUUGUUAUAUCCAUCCGAAUGGGCCGCGGUUGUCAAAGCUGCAUUUCCAAACGAUUUCCGCAUUCCUGGAUCUCCUUCUGUUCUCAGAGGUGCCUGUUGCCUUCCUUGGUUUGGUUUUUCUGUGUUUUUUUUUUUUUUUUCUUUCUUUCUUUUUGUUUCGUCUUUCCCUUUCCCUGUAUUGUGCUUCUGUAACUCUGUUUGUUGUUGAAUUAAGUUAUUGUUAUUAAAAUAAUAAUAA